CAUUGGCAACCUCCGAGUUCCUCACUAAUAUCUAAUUCAAUUCAGUCAAACUUUUCACAUUUUAAUUUUGCCUCACCAAACAAUUUAAAGACUGAAGAAUUGUUCUGCAAAAUUGAAUGUCUAACUCCUAUUAUUCCUCCUUCAUCUUAAUUCUUGGUUAAAUACUUUAGAGAUUAGAAAUUCAAAGAAUUCAUCAAUGGCACAACCUCCUAUAUUGUCAAACGCUUUGCCUUCUGAAACUGGCCGUGUUCUUAGCAUUCAGUCUCAUACUGUUCAGGGUUAUGUCGGCAAUAAGACGGCUGUGUUUCCGCUUCAACUUUUAGGAUAUGAUGUAGACCCCAUCAACUCCGUUCAGUUCUCAAAUCACACAGGAUAUCCGACAUUUAAAGGCCAAGUUUUGAAUGGGAAAGAAUUAUGGGACUUAAUAGAAGGUCUGGAAGCUAAUAACCUGUUGUUCUAUACCCAUCUAUUGACAGGUUAUAUUGGUUCAGUCUCAUUUUUAAACACUGUAUUGGAAGUUGUUACUAAACUACGGUCUGUGAACCCUGGACUUCUAUAUGUUUGUGAUCCCGUACUGGGUGAUGAAGGAAAGCUUUAUGUCCCGGAAGAGCUAAUAUCAGUAUAUCGAGAAAAGGUUGUACCUGUUGCAUCAAUGCUGACACCUAACCAGUUUGAAGCUGAAUUGCUCACUGGUUUAAGGAUUGCAUCAGAACAAGAUGGGAGGGAAGCUUGUAGGAGACUCCAUGCAGCUGGACCUUCUAAGGUUGUCGUCACAAGUAUAAAUAUUAAUGGCGAUCUCUACCUUGUUGGAAGCAGUAAGAAAGAAAAGGAUGAUGCUCCGGAACAAUUCAAAAUAAUGAUACCGAAAAUUCCAGCAUAUUUUACAGGAACAGGAGAUUUGAUGACUGCAUUAUUUCUCGGAUGGAGCAAUAAAUAUCCUGAUAAUCUCGCGAGAGCAGCAGAGCUUGCAGUUUCAAGCAUACAGGCUCUUCUACAACGAACGAUACAAGACUACAAACUUGCAGGAUUUGACCCCAAGACGAGUAGUCUAGAGAUCCGACUGAUUCAGAGCCAAGAUGAUAUCCGCAACCCCCAAAUCAAGUUUAACGCCGAGAAGUAUAGUUAACGUUCGUUUAAUUCACUCCCGGACACUGUAGUUAUGAAGAAGUCAAUUUCUGGUAUUUAAUAUGACACGAGAAGUGUUCAAAUUGUUUGUUGACAGCGGAAAGUACAGCUUCGUACGAGGAGUUGUUCAAUGAGGUCCAGAAGCUAUUUUCUCGCAUUUCAUACUUCUCGGAAAGUUAUGUUUUCGGUCAUUCUGCUCAAUCAAACAAACUUCCAAUUUCUUGGUUCCCUCGUAUCACAACUUCAAAUGAUUUUCCCGUAUUAAUCAGACGUUUGGCACAAAAGCUUAUUAUGGAUCACAAUUGUUUUUCCGAAACUUCCCUAAAGGUCCAAAGGCAAGGGCUUUUCUUAGAAAUGUAUUUUUAGCAUUUUUUGAUUGUAAUUUAUUCAUGUACAACAAGAUUACAUGCUAUAAACGUCUUGAUUUGCUCAUUUAAAUUUGAUUGGGAAAUUUUAAUCUUAAAAAUUUGAUUUUUAUU